AACCCUGACAAGGUUUUGGGUUGGAUUCUGCGUCGAAAGCCCAAACGAGGUUUUGGGAUAAACCCAAUUGUGGAGGAACAGAGAAGCCCUAAUUAGGGUUCAAUUUGGAAUUUGGGUAAAAAAAUUGGUUGAAUUUGCGAUGGGUUUCUUUUUACUCGGUAAGUCAAAUUAGGUUUCAGCUCCCUCCCACGAAAUCGGCGAUGGCGACGGCGACGGCGACGGUGCUAUACUUUCUGCUAACGUGCGCAGUGCAGUCAGUGCUCUCCUCGUUGGAAUCGGCAUAUCCUUCCCCUUAUGGCCUGGAUGCAUCCUGCGGCGCCGAUGACCUAAUUCCCGUCCGUCGGGAGGUGUACGGAGGCGGCCGGAUAAUCGACAUCAGCCACCAGUACCACUCGGAGAUGCCAUCGUGGGAAUCUUCCGACGGGCUCGGCCACUUCCUGUGGCUCGAUAAGAGCAUGAAGAACGGCUCGCUCGCGAACAACUCGGAGAUGAAGAUCCCGACGCACACCGGCACACAUGUCGACGCGCCGGGACACGUGUUCGACCACUACUUCGACGCUGGCUAUGAUGUCGACACACUCGACCUUGAGGUUCUCAACGGUCCUGCACUGCUAGUAGAUGUUCCGAGGGACAAGAAUAUUACCGCUGAUGUUAUGAAGUCCUUAAACAUUCCUAAGGGAGUUCGGAGAGUACUUUUCAGGACAUUAAAUACAGACAGACGUCUCAUGUUCAAGAAGGAAUUCGACACAAGUUAUGUGGGAUUCAUGAAAGACGGCGCCCAAUGGCUAGUAGACAACACUGAUAUCAAACUUGUCGGAACCGAUUACCUAUCCGUUGCUGCUUUUGAUGAUUUAAUUGCGGCGCACCUUGUUUUUCUUAAAGGCAAGGAGACCAUCUUGGUCGAAGGGCUGAAGCUCGAUGAUGUGCAACCGGGAGCCUACAACGUGCAUUGCUUGCCUUUACGGCUUGUUGGUGCUGAGGGAUCGCCGAUUAGAUGCAUCCUGAUCAAGUGAUGCUCCUGCGUACUCUGUUCUUAUGUUUAGUUUUAUUUGCCGUAAGAUGGCACACGAGCCGGGGUGUAUUAUGGGAUCUGUUUAGUAAUCUUUGUGAUUGGAAGUUCGGUUUUAUUGUUUGGAAUAAUACGGUGUGGCGUGGUCUCUGGUUA